AUGAACCCAACGCUGAACUCCGAUACGCCUCCGCCCCCGCCCCCGAAGCCCACCAGCCACGAGGCGAGUCGCCGGGGUACACCGCAGCUCAACGCCUCGCUACCGGGAACGCCGCAGUCCCACGAACGAUACCGAGCAGACGCGACCAUGCAUCGCUACUCAAACCCCAACCCGACCGGCACGUCUCUCCCUCGCCCGCCGACUGUCGACGAGGGCUGGCUACCGGAGAACGUGAAGGAGAAAUCGACCGUGGACCUCCAGACGAUUCUCAAAGACCCGAAUCUCAUCUCCGCGCUGGCGAGUCGCCAUCCAUCCCACGCGGCCCAUCAGGAGUACCUCCGGUCGCUGCUACAGUAUAACAAGGAUCUGGCGAGCCAUGUCCUAGAGCUGCAAGGCCGGGUGAUGGACCUGCGCGGGUCGACCGAGACGCUGCUAUUGACGCACCAGUCGCUGGAGGUGUCGUGGCGGAAGAAACAGACGGAGAUGGACGCUGCGCUGGCGCCGUGGUCGCCCAAGGCGCUGUACCAGCGGCUGGCGGCGUCGAUAUCCGAGCAGGAGGCGGUCUGCCAUGCCGUGGAGGAGAGCUUCCUGGAGGGAGAGCAUCACGGCCGGGCGACGGAGAAGGAGGUAGCGGACUGGAUUCGCCGGGUGCGGGCGGAGGGGGCCAAGUUGGAGGCCAGACGGGAGGCCAAGGCGCGGUGGGAUGAAGGGAGAGUGGGUGGGUGGCGGUGA